AGAAAAUUGAAUCAAAAAUAGGGUUUUAAGUCUCAGCGGUUUAUAAACUGCCCUACGAAGUACUCCCUCUCUCUUCCGCCGCCAGCCACCAAUAAUUCCGGCAUACGAAUCAAGGAGGAGUACAAGAACGACGACCUGAUAACAUGGGAGGCGGUGAAGAGACAAAAACAGGGGAAGAAGAGAACCAGAAGAGUUCCACACCUUUUGAUCUUAAUGAUUAUACCAUCAUCAAAGAAGGAGAGGCUGAGAUUUUGAUGCACACCAAGAAUGAAGUCUUUUACAAUAAAACCCAGGUUAACAACAGAGAUAUGUCUGUUGCUGUUCUCAGGACGUUUAUAUCAAAACGAAAAGAAGAACAUGAAGCACAGCUGUCUAAAAGAACAAAAAAAGCAAUGAAGGAAUCAGAAGACCAUGAUUCUGGAUUAGAAGCACCAAGUGGGACUACUGCCUCUAAUGGUAAAUCCAACGGUGAAUCUGAAAAGAUGCCACAUGGCGAAGAACCAGAGGCUAAAUUCCGAGGGGAGUUAAAGCCACCUAGAGUGCUUGAGGCUCUAUCAGCUACAGGGUUAAGAGCUCUAAGAUAUGCUCGUGAAGUCGAAGGGAUUGGACAAGUUGUGGCAUUAGACAAUGAUAAAGCAUCUGUUGAAGCUUGCAGGAGAAAUAUUAAAUUCAAUGGUUCAGUUGCAAGUGCAAAGGUGGAAUCAAACCUUGCUGAUGCUCGAGUCUAUAUGCUUACUCAUCCAAAGGAAUUUGACAUGGUUGAUCUUGAUCCAUAUGGUUCACCCUCUGUGUUUCUUGACUCUGCGGUUCAGUCAAUUGCUGAUGGAGGGAUGCUGAUGUGUACAGCAACAGAUAUGGCAGUUCUAUGUGGAGGCAAUGGAGAAGUCUGCUAUUCCAAAUAUGGUUCCUAUCCACUUAGGGGAAAAUAUUGCCAUGAAAUGGCUUUGCGGAUCCUUCUUGCAUGCAUUGAGAGUCAUGCAAAUCGUUACAAGCGAUACAUUGUCCCAGUGUUAUCUGUUCAAAUGGACUUCUAUGUCAGAGUAUUUGUUCGUAUAUACACGUCAGCAGGAGCAAUGAAGAACACUCCACUUAAGCUUUCAUAUGUUUACCAAUGUAUCGGUUGUGAUUCUUUUCAUCUCCAGCCAGUUGGAAGGACUGUAUCGAAGAACGCCAGUGUGAGAUAUCUCCCUGGGUUUGGUCCUGUUGUUUCACAAGAAUGUAGCGACUGUGGUAAAAAAUAUAACAUGGGUGGGCCCAUUUGGUCGGCUCCAAUUCAUGAUCAAGAUUGGGUGGGGUCCAUAUUAGCAGACGUGAAAUCUAUGAAGGAUCGCUAUCCUGCUUUUGAUCGGAUUUCUGCUGUCUUGACUACAGUUUCAGAGGAAUUGCCAGAUGUACCCCUAUUCCUGAGUUUACACAACCUUGGUGGUACCCUUAAGUGCACUUCCCCAUCAGCUAUGGUGUUCAGAUCUGCUGUAAUCAAUGCAGGGUAUCGUAUCUCAGGAACUCAUGUGAACCCCUUAGGGUUAAAAACUGAUGCUCCUAUGGAUGUUAUAUGGGAUAUCAUGCGUUGUUGGGUUAAAAAUCAUCCUGUGAAAGCUCAACCACCGGAACAUUCUGGAAGUGUGAUCCUAGCCAGGGAACCUGUGCUUCAGGCUAAUUUUGCUCGGGCAGUGGCAUCGCUAAGUAAAGCUCAAGCAAAGAAAGUUGCGCGGUUUCUUCCAAAUCCUGAAAGACAUUGGGGCCCGAAGCUGAGGGCUGGGCGUACUAUUACUAGCAAACAUGCAUCUCUUUUGGGUCCAGAAAUAGUUGAUGGGAUUCUUAAUAACAACAACAACAAUCAAGAACAACAGGAUGAACCUGAACCCAAGCAAAUAGAGUGA